AGUUUUAUGAAUAAUAGAGCGCAGUUUUAGGGAGCACUCAAGGAUCCAUAAUUUCCAUUCCUGAUGAAAGCUAAAAUUUUACAUCUAUUAAGCAGUUGGGGUUAACGAACAGUAGAGUUUUAUUGGCGGAUACCUAAUCAGUUUUUGGUGAAGUAUUUGCAAGAGGAAAGGGUCGGAUUGGCCAUGAAAAUAUGGCCUGUAAAAUCGGAUUAAGUAAUUAGAAAGUUUCCAGCGCAUUAAGUAUGCAAGUUCAAGUUAGGGACUGCAUAUUUAAAAGCCCUGUUGUGGGCCAUCAAAUAUGUAGCAGAGGAAAAAGAGGCAGCGGCAGCGGCCAAAACUCAUUAAUAACUGUCGUCGUUUCGCAUACAAAAUGAAAGUAUUUAUGCAAGCCAAACAAAAGCUGUUUUGAAAAAACAUCGAGGGGGCACGGCAUAAAUUUCAAGUGAAAUGUGAAAUGUCGAAUAGUGAGCGCUGCACACACGCAACUCUUGCCAUUUUAAUUAAUGUCAAACUCUUAUCAUUGAAUAUAAAAUAUGCACACACACAGGGGAGAUGGGGAAACAGAAGCGGUUCACAUGUGCAUAUGGAAUUUACAUACCAGCUCGCUUUUCUUUGUCAAGUUGAACAGGCUGAAGGAAACAAUGCUCGGUCCCGUCCCCCUUCGUUGCCUUGAAAAAUCCUUUCUUUUUUCUCGGCUUGCCGCAAAAAGCAAUCAAAGCAAAGGCACAAGAAAAUUCCCAGGAAAACGCAUGCUUACCAAUUAACGAGAUAUGUGCGAAUGUGCAAGAAAGCGCGAGAAAUUUAGCAAGAGGACAAAAACCCCAUAGAGAGAACCCACAAAAAGUGGCAUACAAAUCAAAUGUGCUUAAGGAAAAACACAUGCGAAAACAUUUAUAAAAACAAAAACCAAUACAAAGGCAGGCCAACACACACACACUCACACACACACUCAUACACAAAUAGGCACACAGCUAGAUGAUAGCCAAGGGUAAGGAGGCUUAAGAGUUGGAGGGGGAAAUGGUCGACUUUGGAGCCAAGUAGCAAGCGUUUAUGCUAAACAGAGUGUAACUGCCGGGGUGGCCAAAGCUGAGAGUGCACGGUGACAUUUCUGCAAAAAGCCAGAAAGGAUAACAACAAGGCAACACCAGAGCACACAAAAGGUGCCAGCCGACACGCACACAGACACACGGGCACAGGAGGUCCUGAGAGAGCGAGAAAGAGAGAAUCUGGCUUUGCAGAAAGUGUAGCACACUUUCUCGCGCUCAGGCUCGGGCUAUUUUUGGCCAACUCUCUCGCUUUUACGCUCUCCCUCUCUCUUUAUCUGGCUUUUUCGUCCUGCAAAGCCUUUUCGGCUCCUAGCUGGCCAACUGACUGCUAGCCAACUGGCUGUCCUGCCAAACGGUUUUCAAACGCUCAGCUGAGAAUAUGUAACGGACGAACGCGGCUGGCAAAACUCACAGACGUGUUAAGUGAAAGAACUAAGAUAAGACUUUAAAAUCUAGCAAAUAUGUCCCAUAGUUUCCCGAGAAGCGUAGUUAUUGCUGUAACCACUUAACAAACAAUGCCCAAAGUUAAGGCGAAACGAAGCUCUAGCAAUCGAAACCAAUAAAAUGAGCCCCGUCGCCUGCAACACCAACAUCAACAUCGGUCACAUCGAGCAGGUUGCAGGCACUCAAAGGACAAUUACAGCUGAAGCAACAUCAACCCAAAUCGGAACAGCCACAACGAUAUUGAACGAGCGAUGAGAUGGAGCGUCCGAUGGGAUGACGAAUUCAGAAACUCAGUAAGGGAGCUGCAACUGAAACUGAAACUGAUACUGAAACCACAGCGGAACUCGAAGUCUACGGCGACAAAAAUAGAAAAUCUGUGAAAUCCAACCAAAAAACGGCAGAGGCAGCCAUGAACAGUGCGGAUAUUUUGUAAUUAUUAAUGAGCGCAUAGAGCGGGCAGAGUGAGCGGGGUGAAGCAGCGGCGAACAGAGCGAUACGUAGCGGGAUAUCACGAUGUACACUCUGCUGGAGCUCGACUAACACACUGACACACACUCACCCCAGCCCAGGACCCACAAUCCCGACAGAUUCCCCACAGGACGACAGGACGAAAGGACGACGGCAGGCAGAAAAGGCAACGAAAGGCUCAAUUUCAAGGAAUUUGCAAAGCGCUCGCACACAAACACACAGGCAACCCACACACACCAUCACAUGAGCGGGCAUCUCUCCCGUCAGGAUAGAAGUAAUUAAAAGUAAAUAAAGGAGGCAAGAGAAAACCGAAAAAAGUCCCUAAGAGCGUGGUGCUGGAAAGGCAGGAAGUAACCUGAUUACGGGAAGCGCAGCAGCAGCAAUUAAUGCAGCAGGAGGGAGGAAGCAGAAACAGCAGCAGCAGAACCAGAAGCAGAAUCAGAGGAAGCGUAUCAGGAUCUGCCACUGGCCUGAGCUCGACUCGAUCUCCCAUCAGGACGCGGACCGAGGAUUGGAGGAGGAGGAGAACGGAGUCUCAAAGGGGAACCACUCUCUAAGCACACCCACUCACCCAUACACAUGCACUGAAGUACUGACUGAAUGCCUCGCUGCCUAAACAACCAACUAACUCACUGACUGAGAGACUUAACAAGCGGAGAAGUACGGAGAAAGCCCUGACUAGAAGCGCAAGUAGCCGAACGAACCGGGGGAACCAGCUAGCAACUAAACUAAAGGAGCAACCUUGACUAAUAACUGCAACAACAAGAACAACAACAAAACAACUACAACUUACUUUAUACGCAACUAAAUAAAAAAAAAAAAACAAACGAAAGCUAAAAGGAAACAAGAAACAAAAAACAAGCAACCAAAAAACGAAAACUUCAAUUUUUAAUGCAAAACUACGAAAAGCCACGACAGCCAUUUUAAAUAAGCAACUCUCGCACCCUCCCGAAAUUUCAACUUCCAACACCCGUAACCAACCAGCACACAAAAACACACAGCACCACCAUGAGUGAUUCAAGAAUGGAUAAGUUGGCCCGGAUGGCGCCCCUGCCCCGCACACCGCUGCUGACCAUCUGGCUGGCCAUCAACAUGGCCCUGAUCGCCCAGGAAACGGGCCACAAACGGAUCCACACAGUGCAAGCGGCAACUGGCGGUGGCAGCAUGCUGGGUGACGUAAACAUAUCCGCUAUACUCGACUCCUUUAGUGUUAGUUACGACAAAAGAGUAAGACCCAAUUAUGGUGGACCUCCUGUCGAAGUCGGAGUCACCAUGUAUGUGCUAUCGAUCAGCUCGCUCUCAGAAGUGAAAAUGGACUUCACAUUGGAUUUUUACUUUCGUCAAUUUUGGACCGAUCCUCGUUUAGCGUAUAGAAAACGACCUGGUGUAGAAACACUAUCGGUUGGAUCAGAGUUCAUUAAGAAUAUUUGGGUACCUGACACCUUUUUUGUAAAUGAAAAACAAUCAUAUUUUCACAUUGCAACAACCAGUAAUGAAUUCAUACGUGUGCAUCAUUCUGGAUCGAUAACAAGAAGUAUUAGAUUGACUAUUACGGCAUCGUGUCCGAUGAAUCUACAAUAUUUCCCCAUGGAUCGCCAGCUGUGCCACAUUGAAAUCGAAAGCUUCGGCUACACGAUGCGUGACAUCCGCUAUAAAUGGAACGAGGGCCCCAACUCGGUCGGUGUCUCGAGUGAGGUUUCGCUGCCCCAAUUUAAGGUCUUGGGUCAUCGGCAAAGAGCUAUGGAAAUCAGUCUUACCACAGGCAACUAUUCGCGUUUAGCCUGCGAAAUUCAGUUCGUGCGUUCGAUGGGCUACUACCUUAUACAAAUCUACAUACCCUCUGGACUGAUCGUUAUUAUAUCAUGGGUAUCAUUUUGGCUCAAUCGCAAUGCAACGCCGGCGCGUGUGGCGCUCGGUGUGACAACCGUGUUGACAAUGACCACUUUGAUGUCGUCAACAAAUGCAGCGCUGCCAAAGAUUUCGUACGUCAAGUCGAUUGACGUCUAUCUGGGAACAUGCUUCGUUAUGGUCUUUGCCAGUCUACUGGAAUACGCCACGGUCGGCUACAUGGCAAAACGAAUUCAAAUGCGAAAACAAAGAUUUAUGGCGAUCCAAAAGAUAGCCGAGCAGAAAAAGCAACAGCUCGACGGAGCGAACCAGCAGCAGGCGAAUCCCAAUCCCAAUGCAAAUGUGGGAGGCGUAGGCGUAGGACCCGGAAUGGGCGGACCCGGGGGACCCGGUGGACCCGGUGGCGGGGUCAACGUGGGCGUGGGCGUUGGACCGGAGCACGGUCACGGGCAUGGUCACCACGCCCACAGCCACGGGCAUCCGCACGCGCCCAAGCAAACAGUGAGUAACCGCCCAAUCGGCUUUUCCAAUAUCCAACAAAACGUUGGUACGCGCGGUUGCUCGAUAGUGGGACCCUUGUUCCAGGAGGUGAGAUUCAAGGUCCACGACCCGAAGGCCCAUUCCAAGGGUGGAACGCUGGAGAACACGGUGAAUGGCGGACGCGGCGGUCCGCAAUCGCAUGGACCGGGUCCGGGCCAGGGCGGCGGACCGCCCGGCGGUGGCGGAGGCGGUGGCGGCGGGGGCGGGCCGCCCGAGGGCGGCGGCGAUCCGGAGGCAGCGGUCCCAGCCCAUCUUCUGCAUCCGGGAAAAGUAAAAAAGGACAUCAACAAGCUGCUGGGCAUCACGCCCUCCGACAUCGACAAGUACUCGCGCAUCGUGUUCCCCGUGUGCUUCGUCUGCUUCAACCUGAUGUACUGGAUCAUCUACCUGCAUGUCAGCGACGUGGUCGCCGAUGAUCUGGUGCUCCUGGGCGAGGAGUAGGUGGGCGUCCUCAAGCGACGCAAGGAUUCGAGGGCGUGGCCCAAGGACACAGGAGUGAACAGCGCACGAGAGAGUCAAACUGUGCAGGGCGCUGAAAAACCACACAAAAAAUAUAAAAUGGAGAAAUACCCAAACAAAAAAAAAUACAGAAAACUAGACACAAAAAAAUAAGCGGAAACAAAACUAAUUUUAACUAGCGAUAUGAAAAUGCAGAGGCAAAAGUUUAUUGUUUAAUACCAAAGCGGGAAGGACACACACAUAUUACAAGGUCGAAAGCAAAGAAUAUUGUUAAAUAGAUUUACACAAAAAUAAAAAAAAAAAAACCCAAAAGGUGACAAACCAACAUUAGAAUUAACAACCAAAUGAGUAUAAAUGAAUGAAGAAUAAUCAAAAGCAACAGAUUAGCAAAUUGUAGUAAAAAUUAUAUAACGAAAGGCAUAAGUGAAAGUGUUGAGGAGAAUUAUGAACCGAUAAAAGAGGAAACCAUAAGAACCACAAAUAUAACGAUCUAAAAUCAUACGCAACAUAGGCAUUAAACGAUAACGAAGGAUGUCUACUAGAAACCCUCGAAAUAGCGCAGUCGAAAAGUUGAUUUCAACACACCAAGUAAUAGAUGGUUAAAAAGAUUCAAUUAUCUUUGCAGCGUUUUGAGUUUGAGUUUACGAAAACGAAAUACAUUUGCUUCCCACUUCAAAAGCAAAACACCCAGAGAGUCUUCCUCUAAUUUAAGUGCGUUUUCCCCUUUUUCAACCGCACGCUCGCAAAAACCUAAACCCAAACCCAAACCAAAACCAAAACCAAGCCGAACCUGAUCUAAACCAGAACUCACUAUGUUGAAUCCAUUGAUUGCCCAUUCAGUUGGUUGAUUUGUUUAUUCAGAACUGACUUAGCGCUUCCAAGUGAAAUGGCCAAAUUUAUUAGAAAUCAAAACGUAGUGCAAGGGACAAUUUCGACAAUUGCGAAUCAGUUUGGCGAAUGAUUUCGUUAAGUUAACUUUAAAUGUAAAUCGAACACGAGACAGACGACACGUAAGAUCGAGAGGUUUUUAAUCAUUUGCACACCACACAAUAAACUCGACAAGGAUAUUAUGAAUUACUUUGGAGCGCACCUUUUAUAAGCAAGCAUCGGAGAUAAGUCAUACAAAUAGUUAGUGCAAUUGACAUAGCGAAAUAAUAAUAUGAACGAUAAUGAUUCAUUUUAGUUACACCAAUUUUGAUAUCAACUUUAAAACUAACAACAAAUUAUUCAAACUGCACUCACUCACUCACGAACACAAGAAUCAGAAUCAAACUGAAACUGAAACAAAAACUUUUCGAAGACAACUUUGCGGCACCAUAUGAAAUCAAUCUAAGGUCUAAGUGAAAUUUUCAAACGCAAGUAUGCCCAAUAAAUACCAGUAAAUUAAAAAAACGAAUACAAAUAGAACAUAGAACAUGAAGUACACAAGUAUGAUUGAAACUGCCUAAGAAAAUAGCGUAUAAGUCUAACAAAUAGUUGCUAAAAAGAAUUAAACAAAGACAAUUGAUUUUCAAUUCAAUUUGUAAAUACAAACAGAAGACACUCGGAACAUUCUCAAAGCAAAGUAGGAGCAAAACUUCGCAAUUAAACUUAGUUAAUGUAAUCGAAUCUGGUUAAGCGAUUAACUCGGAUGCGUUCAAGCAGUCAAUAAAGCGAUAAACUAACAAAACAUACUUACGAUGCACCGUCUUAAGUUAGCCUAAUGACACACAGAUACACACACUUACACAGACAAAAAUACACACCCACACACGGGCAGGAAGGCAGACAAAAGACACGCGUAUAUAUAUAUUUGAAUUUUCGCUCAAGUUCCUCGAUGAAUCACAUACACAAAGAGAAAGAAACAAAAGAGUUAAGUUAAUUAAAACACAUAAUUAAAGGCAAGUGAGUUUAACUUUAAACGUAAAAUAAAGAAAUUAAAAUACAAUUUAGCACAAUGGAGAUAACUAAGCAAGCCAUACCAAAAUAUCAUCAAUGAAUUUUAAUUUAGUGUUUAUGAUUAGUGCAAGGGCAGAUCGUAAGGCUAAAGAAUUUUGUACAGUUAGCUAAAGUUAAAGCUAGGAUUUAGUUAAGCGCCAUAAUAUGGCCUAAACACACACACACACAUACCCACGCGUAUAUGUACAUAGAGUAUGGCUUAAGGCGACACAAGUAUAUAAGAUAUAUAUUCAUAUAACGUAUUUAGGCACCUACGUAUAUGUAGCACGAGUUUUUUAUAUGUAAACCAAACAAAAUUGAACCCUAAUCCAAAAACCAAAAAGCAAAAAAAAACAA